CAUUUUUGCUCUUCACUCCCCUUUUAGAGGUCAAAGAUUGCUGUGUUCGAAAAGAUGUGGUCAUACAUGCGCAGUGCAGACCCGUCUGUAUUCGUAAAGAGCACCAAUGAGGGGGUAAUACGAGUCAGAAAGUCAAAGGGGAAGUAUGCCUACCUACUUGAGUCUUCCAUGAACGAGUACAUCGAGCAGAGGAAACCCUGCGACACCAUGAAAGUAGGAGGAAACCUUGACUCUAAGGGUUACGGAGUGGCCACUCCCAAAGCAUCGCCCCUCAGACUGUCUGCCUCUUGUUAUCUGUUAUGCCUGUCUUACUGCUGCCUGCCUGUAUGCCUUUACAUGCACCAGCGCACUAACAAUUGCACUCAUAAUUAGAGAUGUGCCGAUCAGGUUUUUUCCUUCCAAUUCCGAUCACUGA